CGGCGCAAAAAAGAAGAAGAAGAAGGGAAACUUCACUUUAGUCAUGUCAAUUGUGAUAUGUUCAGUUUUAUUUUCCAAAUAAACCUAUUCAGAGAGUUUUAUUGUUUUUUAGCAAAUUAACGGGGACUAUGCCUCCCAAAUAUAAAUUUCAAGAGGGUGAGAAAGUGCUGUGUUUCCAUGGGCCCCUUAUCUAUGAAGCCAAAUGCCUAAAAUGCCAAAUAACCAAGGAAAAACAGGUGAAAUACUUUAUCCACUACGCCGGCUGGAACAAGAACUGGGACGAGUGGGUGCCCGAAAGCAGGGUCUUAAAGUACACGGACCAAAAUAUAGCGCGGCAAAAGGAGGUUCAAAAGGCCCACGAGGCACAGGGCAAACAGAAAAAAACGACGAAGAAAGCAUUGGCCUCCAAAACUGGAGAUACCGGCAGCAUAAAGGAUUCUGAUUCUAGGGCAAGCACCCCGGUUUCUGAGGUUAGUAAGGGCCCCAAGGGAGCUAAAAGGGAGGCUUCGACCCCUACUGGGGGCCCAGAACUUAAAUCAGAAAAAAAUGAACCGCCUAGAAAGAAAAAAGCCAAAAUUCCCGAUCCGACCGUAGAACCGGAAGAAGAGUUCAAAGCGAAAGUCGAGGUCCGCGUCAAAUUACCGGACGAACUAAAAAAACUACUCGUAGACGACUGGGACAUAAUCACUAGGCAAAAGAAACUUUUUAACCUCCCGGCCAAAUACACCGUGGACAACAUCUUGGACAGCUACUUGGCGUUUAAAAAGUCCGUAAAAUCCAAUACGGUUAACAAAGAGGGCGCCUCCAUAGAGACCGUCAAAGGUAUUAAAGAAUACUUUAAUGUGACUCUGGGUACCCAACUGCUAUACAAGUUCGAAAGGCCUCAGUACGCCGACAUAAUGAACGAGUACCCCGAUAAAAAAAUGUCGGAAAUCUACGGGCCGAUUCAUCUUUUAAGGCUCUUCGUCAGGUACUAUAUGCCCUCUCGUUUGUCAACACUUCAAAUUAAUAAAAGGGACAUUUUCAGGUUAGGGUCUCUAUUAGCGUUCACCCCAUUGGACGACCGGAGUAUUCAACUGUUGAUGCAAAAUGUGCAAGAUUUUUUAAAAUUCUUAAUUAAAAAUGCGGGGCAGUACUUCAGUUUGCAGGAGUACGGCAACGCAACGCCCGAGUACCAUAGGAAGGCCGCAUGACACUUGGGUGGGGAUUUUAGCGAGGAGGGCUCCGACUUAUUUACUGACGAUAGUGAUUAGUGAGUCUCAGUAGAAUCGUUAAUUAUUUAAGAGAGUUUUUAUUGUAAUUGCCAAGCAGAGAAGUAUAGUGAGGGAAAAAAUUCAAAUGGUGAAAAACUACGAUAGGAAGACCUUUAUUAUAUGUAUUAAUACAUUGAUUUAAUGUAAUUUUAUAUUAGGCUUUAUUCCUAAUUGUAAUUGUAUCAUAAAUUCGUUUUAGAAAAAUUGGAUUUAAAUU